GGUCUUUUAUUUGUUAUUAUGUCAAUAUAUGUAGUAGUACUUUUUUACCAUAUUAAUUUACCCUUUUAUCAUUCUAGGUCCUGCAACAUUGUUUUGAUGCUGGAAUUAAUAUUUCAGCUACAGUGUGUGAUAUGGAUGGUGUGAAUAAGAGAGCUUUAAGUAUCUUGGGAGCAUCUGUAGAACAGCCAUAUAUUCUGCUAAAUAAUCGAGAAGUGGUUACCAUUUUUGAUACUCCGCAUUUGCUCAAAUGCUUUAGAAAUAUGUUUUUAAAAUAUGACAUUAAAUAUCCAACAAAUAUAACAUCAAAUGAUCAAAUUGGAUUUGGUGUUGCUAAAUGGAGCCAUAUAAAGGAGUUUUAUGAAACAGAUAACACCAAUCCCAAUUUUGUGUUUGCACCUUGCUUAAAACAAGAACAUUUAAAUCCAAAUAUGAAGCAGAAGAUGAAGGUGAAGCUAGCUGCACAAGUGUUAAGCCACUCAGUUGCUGCAGGAAUGUAUGCUAAAAUUUCACAAGGGGAACUCUCUUCAGAGGCUGUCACUACAGCUAAUGUUAUUGCAAAUAUGGACAAGCUGUUUGAUUGUGUCAACGCAUGCUCACCAGACCUAAGAAGGGGGAAACCAUAUUCGACAAACAUGACAAAUAAUACACCACAUCUCACACAUUUCACUUUAAUGAAGAAUUUUUUUAAAGAAAUGACGUUUUUGGGAUGCAUUACGAGCUCCUCCAUCCCAAGAAGGUUGGAUAUGGUCUAUCAAUGGAAUAGAACGAAUUUGGAGAAAUCUCAGUUCCAAACAUAAAUCAAUAAAAAGUUUGGAAACAAGAAGGCUCCAGCAGGACCCGUUAGAAAAUCUUUUUGGAUGCAUUCGGGUCAAUUGCGGCUGCAAUUCAAAUCCCGCUGCUGGGCAGUUUGUUGCGGGUCUUAAAACGGCUGUCCUUAGCAACUUAUCUUUUAUUGGGACAGGAAAUUGUGAAGAAGACCAAAAUCAAGUUAUAUUGACAAAUUUUAAAUCUUUAUUGUCUCCACCCACAGACACACACACUGCUUAUGCCACAAUUUUAACCGAUGAGUUAGAAGAAAGUGUAAAUUCUACAUUUGAAUGUAGCUUGGAAGAAAGCAGUGGCGAAAUACAAGCAUGUGCCUAUGUCUGUGGGUUUAUAGUAAAAAAUAAUCUCAACAAAUGUGAAAUUUGUAAAAAAAUUUUUGUAUCUGAGACACAAGAGAGAUCACAUACUUUUAUUGACUUUAAAGAAUAUAGUGAUCUAAAAAAGUCCCUUAAAUACGCCUCUAAAAACCUCAUUAACUGUAUUGAAAGUAGUGCUACGAUGAUUUAUGAUUUUUUAGAGGCAGAAGCAUAUAAAAAAAAAUUAAAAGGGACAAUUAAAGUUUUGUUCAAAAACUCAAUAAAUUGGGAGUUUCUCGAUGAAUGUCCAGAACAUAAAGAUAUGAAUAUAGAUUACUUAUUUAAUAGCGUAUUUCACAUUUGUAUGAAGAGAUUUUGUAUUUUGAAAAAUCGGCAAUUUGCAGAAGAGUACUCUGCAUCUGCUCUUAAAAGAAAAAUUGAUAUCCUGCAGAAUAAAUAAGAUAUUACAUGGAACUACUUUUUCUAUAUGUACAGUCAUAAUCACUUCAGUGGUGACAUUAUAUAAGGAGAUAAAAGGAGAGGGAGGAUUUGUCCUCUCUCGAGAGAGGCUGCCAAGGAGUGACUAGCGCUGAUGAGGCUAUGGAUGUGUGUAAAAGUGUACCCGUAGUCCUGCCGAUAAGUGGUGAAGAUGAAACAUCUGAGAGUUUUAGUCGGAGUGGGUCAGAUAUUCCUUGCUUCCGUGAGGCAGGUAGGAUUUAAAUUUAAGUUUUUUUUUAAAAUAUUUGCCAUAUAGAGCCACUUUUGGAUUUCGAAUAUAGUAUUUUCGAAACUAUCACUUUACUGGUGCGAAUCAUACCUUACAGUCUUUUUAUCGUUUAAUGUCGGAUAGUUUAUUAGUCACCCUACAAACAAUCGUAUUGCUAUGCAACUAACUUUUAAGUUUACUGUGGGAUAUGGAUAUCACAUACAUUUGUAUUUUUAUAGAAUUUAGCAAGUAAAUGCUGUGACACUUGGACAUCUACCUGUAUUAUCGAAAAAUAAUAAUAACUACUUAACUAUUAAAUCGAUAUUUAGUUAAGAGCUGUUCAGAACUGUUUACAUGCAUAAAGUUAAAAAUUAGUUAAUUACGUAUAUAUCCAUGUAACAUCUUAUUUAUUCUGCAGGAUAUCAGUUUUUCUUUGAAGAGCAGUUUGCAAAAGAGGGGGAUAUUUUACAUUUUAAUAUUUCAUUUACGGAGUUAUUUUUGCUCAAUACUUUGAGAAAUUCUUCAUUCUUUAGAUGCUUUACAGUUUUUUGAAGCCUGUUAAUUUUUCUCAGAUGAUAUUUCAUUUUUAUCAACAUAUCUUUAUCCUUUUUGUUUUUCGUGGAUGGAUUUGCAGCAGGUAGUGCUAAUUAAUGACAUGAAAAUGUUGACUUAUUAGUUUUUAAUGCAGUCAAUAACAAUAACAUAACGAAAAUAAUUUCUACAAAUGUAAUAUUAUUGGUGGCAUCUAUAAUAUAAUCAGGUUAUUGGAGUUUAGACAUAAUAUUGCAAAGCUAUUGCCUUGUUUGUAGAAUGUGAAGGUAAAUAAUGUUUUCUUGUUAGAAAAAAGUGUUUAUAUUAGAUUGUCUAAUCUUUUUUAUAUAAAACCAAUGUACCUUUACUUUCCAUUUUGCUUAAAUGUCAUGUUACAUAUGCCAUGUUAAAAAUUAGUUAAUUACUCCGUCACUUACGUCCAUCAAUGUACCAACGGUUUUUCUAUGUACCAAUGUAGACAAGUAUGUAAUGUAAAUAAAAAUUAUGUAUUUC